CAGAGGCUGAUGGGACGCUGGAGCCUGGGCGGCUGCUAGCGUCGGUACCAUGGCUACGCGCGGUGGGGUUGGGGUGGCAAUGGCGGCUUGGUCCCUUUUAUCUGCCCGAGCCGUGACUGCGUUCCUUCUGUUGUUACUCCCUCGCGUCUUACAGGCCCAGACCUUCUCUCUCCCUUUCCAGCAGCCGGAAAAUUGCGAUAACAACCAGUACUUUGAUAUCUCCGCGCUCUCCUGUGUUCCGUGUGGAGCUAACCAGAGGCAGGAUGCCCGAGGAACUUCAUGUGUAUGUCUACCAGGAUUUCAGAUGAUCUCUAAUAAUGGAGGACCUACUAUUAUUUGUAAAAAGUGCCCAGACAACAUGAAAGGUGUUACUGAGGAUGGCUGGGACUGCAUUUCUUGCCCUAGUGGCUUAACUGCAGAAGGAAAAUGUCACUGUCCCACUGGUCAUAUUUUAGUGGAAAGAGAUGUUAAUGGAACAUUGUUGUCUCAAGCAACUUGUGAGCUCUGUGAUGGAAAUGAAAACUCUUUUACAGUAGCAAAUGCUUUACGAGACAGGUGCAUCCGAUGUGAGCCAACAUUUGUCAAUACCAGCAGGUCCUGUGCAUGUUCAGAACCUAACAUUUUAACAGGAGGAUUAUGUUUCAGCAGCACAGGGAGUUUUCCUCUACGUAGAAUUUCAACUGCACGUUAUGGAGAGGUUGGCAUGUCUUUAACUUCAGAAUGGUUUGCAAAGUAUUUGCAAUCAUCAGCAGCUGCGUGUUGGGUAUAUGCCAAUCUAACAUCUUGUCAAGCUCUUGGAAAUAUGUGUGUGAUGAACAUGAAUUCUUACAACUCUGCCACAUUUGAUGCUUGUCGACUAUUUCAGUUUAUCUUUGAAAAUACUGGCGGACUGAGCACUGUUCAUUCUAUUUCAUUUUGGAGACAGAAUCUUCCUUGGCUGUUCUAUGGAGACCAGUUAGGAUUAGCACCUCAAGUGCUCAGUACUGCUUUUCUUCCUACAAAUUUCAGUUUCAAAGGAGAAAACCAGAAUACAAAACUGAAGUUUGUUGCUGCUUCCUAUGAUAUAAGAGGAAAUUUUCUCAAGUGGCAGACUUUAGAAGGAGGUGUUUUACAGCUUUGUCCAGACACAGAGACAAGGCUCAAUGCUGCUUAUUCGUUUGGAACAACCUAUCAACAAAAUUGUGAGAUUCCCAUCUCUAAGAUCUUAACUGACUUUCCCACUCCUAUAUUUUAUGAUGUAUACCUUGAAUAUACUGUUGAAAAUCAACAUCAAUAUAUUUUGGCUGUGCCUGUGUUAAACCUAAAUCUUCAGCACAAUAAGAUGUUUGUGAACCAAGACAGCAACUCUGGCAAGUGGCUUCUGACUCGGCGCAUUUUCUUAGUGGAUGCAGUAAGUGGACGAGAAAAUGACUUAGGAAGUCAGCCAAGAGUAAUUCGAGUGGCCACCCAGAUAUCACUGAGCAUCCGUCUGGUACCCAACACAAUAAAUGGAAAUAUCUACCCUCCCUUAAUCACCAUUGCCUAUAGUGACAUUGAUAUCAAAGAUGACAACAGCCAGUCUGUAAAGGUUUCUUUCUCAGUCACCUAUGAAAUGGAUCAUGGAGAAGCAGAUAUCCAGACAGAUAUUGCUUUGGGUGUGUUGGGUGGGCUAGCUGUUUUAGCAUCUCUUUUGAAGACAGCAGGAUGGAAGAGGCGCAUUGGGAGUCCCAUGAUUGAUUUACAGACAGUUAUGAAAUUCUUGGUGUACUAUGCUGGCUAUCUGGCCAAUGUUUUCUUUAUCAUCACAGUGGGAACAGGUCUUUAUUGGCUUAUUUUCUUCAAAGCACAAAAGUCUGUCUCUGUUUUGCUCCCAAUGCCAGUUCAGGAAGAACGUUUUGUCACUUAUGUUGGAUGUGCCUUUGCUCUGAAGGCACUACAAUUUUUGCAUACGCUCAUAUCCCAGAUUACAAUAGAUAUAUUCUUUAUUGAUUGGGAGCGACCUAAAGGAAAGGUUCUUAAAGCUGUUGAAGGUGAGGGUGGUGUACGAAGUGCCACUGUUCCUGUAAGCAUAUGGAGAACAUAUUUUGUAGCAAAUGAAUGGAAUGAAAUUCAGACUGUGAGAAAAAUUAAUUCACUCUUUCAAGUAUUUAUUGUCCUCUUCUUUUUGGAGGUUGUGGGAUUCAAGAACUUAGCAUUAAUGGACUCAUCUUCUAGUCUUUCUAGAAGCCCACCUAGCUACAUAGCUCCUUACAGCCGCAUUUUGAGAUAUGCAGUGUCUGCUGCUCUUUGGCUAGCCAUUGGAAUUAUACAGAUCAUGUUCUUUGCUGUCUUUUAUGAGAGAUUUAUAGAAGAUAAAAUUCGACAGUUCGUUGAUUUAUGCUCUAUGAGUAAUAUAUCAGUGUUUCUGUUAUCCCACAAAUGUUUUGGAUAUUAUAUUCACGGUAGAUCAGUACAUGGGCAUGCAGAUACUAAUAUGGAAGAAAUGAAUAUGAACCUUAAAAGAGAAUCGGAAAAUUUGUGUAGCCAGAGAGGUUUGGAAUCCAACACAGAUGGUCAGACUUUUCAGAUUGCGAUUUCUAACCAGAUGAGACAACACUAUGACAAAAUUCAUGAGACUCUAAUAAGGAAAAAUGGCCCUGCUAGACUAUUGAGUUCAUCAGCAAGUACUUUGGAGCAGAGUAUAAAAGCCUAUCAUAUGAUGAAUAAAUUUCUUGGCUCCUUCAUUGACCAUGUUCAUAAGGAAAUGGAUUACUCUAUAAAAGACAAGUUGCUUCUUGAAAGAAUUCUUGGAAUGGAAUUCAUGGAACCAGUGGAAAAAAGCAUAUUUUACAAUGAUGAAAGUUAUUCUUUCAGCAGUGUUCUGUAUUAUGGAAAUGAAGCUACCCUUCUUAUUUUUGAUCUGCUGUUCUUCUGCGUGGUGGAUUUGGCUUGCCAAAAUUUUAUUUUAGCAGCCUUCCUUACAUAUCUACAACAAGAGGGUCAAUGAAAUACCAGGGUCUAGUGGAACGCAUAAGUUGCUUGAUUGUGCUUGGAAGAGGAAUCCUAUAGGAAGACACUUAACUGCUAGUCUCCUAGAUGCUACAAGUGAACAGUAAUUAGAGUCCUUUUCACCCUCUCCACCAGAUAGAUGUUAAUGUAACAAAAAAGCAAGCACUGGAGAGCUAGCUCAGGGCUCAGCACCAAAGGGAAGACCCCUUUAGCUUGCAACUUUGACACCUUCCCUACCUGUGUGAAUAAAAAGCAACUUCGUAUAUGAGUGUGGACUCUGAAAUGGAGAUAUCAAGAAAUGGCAAAUCUGUUCUUGAAAUGUUGUUAUUAUCAACUGAAUAUUCUCCAUUAUGUCAAAGAAUAUAUACAAGUAAGAUGCAAUUUAUUAGCCCUUGACAGUGAUCUAGAAUUGUGAAGAAAUUCUGUCCUUAGCGAGUAGAUUCUUUUGAUGUUUCCGUAGCUUUUAGACUUAGAAGAAAGUUGCCUUUCUAAAUAUUUUAAAGUGUAUCCCUGUGAACAUGAGAGAAUUUGUAUUAUUAAUUCAUAAGAAUUUAUUCUAAAUGAGAACAUAUAUUGCUUUGAAAGUAUGAAAGAAAUUAUCAUCUUGAAAUAACUUUGCGUUUCACCCUGGGAUUCAGAUGCCUGAUAGAUGAAAAUAGUUGAGAGAAUUAGCUAAUUGAAUCUAGAUAUUUUAUUGAUAUGCAUAUUUCAUUUUGUUUAUAUUUCUUUUCAUUCAGAAUUGUUUUAAUUUUCCAGAUUUUUAGAUAUAUCCGUAAUACAGUAGGACAAAAGAAUUUGGCAUCCAAAACAUUGGUGGAUCAAAGAUUUUUGAUUUAACUUCCUGAAUAAAUAACUUAAAGACUCAGUAUAAUCAUGGCCAAAAGAAAGUGUCAUGAUAUCAGGUUAGUUUGCCAUAUAUUUUAAGACUUGUAAUGUAAACUAUUCUGUUUUUGUUUUUUAUUUGCAGAAAGAUUUAUUUUUAUAAUUUGGGAAUAUAUAAUGUGAUAUAGUAGAAAAUAUUGUUUUCCCAUUGUGUGUGGUACUUAAUACACUAAGUAAUUAACAGUGACAGUGAGGCAAAAAAAAAUCUAAAUGUUGCUUUCAGCAUAGUACUUUUUAAUGAUAAUUAAAAUAGUCUUCAUCAUUUGUCUCUGUAGAUUAUUUUAUAAACUGAGAGCUGUCUGAAUUUUCUCACAUUGACAAAAUAAUUUGAUUCCAAGUUCAAGACUAGUUUUCAGUUGGAUAUUUUCAUGUUUUAUGUGCUUAUGGUUAAAUAAAUAUUGAAAGAUAUUUUCAAGUUUACUUAGAAAUUUUAAAUUGUGUUAUUGCUGAUUCAAUUUGCCUCAUUCUAAUUGUUCACCGUAUCUGGCAGUCAAUUAAUUCACUGUUGGAUUAAUAUGCAUCUCAUGAAGUGAUACCUAUUCAUUCCUUUGUAUAGGUCAGUAUACUCUUUCCAUGAAAUACGUUUGCAUUUCUAACAUAGUUUACAUUUUUUAAGCUAUAAUGUGUGACAUUUUUCCCAAUAUUGUUUUUUAUACAUUUUAAUUUCUUAAUAUUUUAAGAGUUCUCUCCCCGUUUUGCUUUUUCAAUUAUGUUUAAAGACUGUAAAUAACAAACUGUAAGGCUGGGUGCUGUGGCUCACACCUGCAAUCUAGUACUUUGGAAGGCCAAGGCAGGUGGAUCACUUCAGGUCAGGAGUUCGAGACCAGCCUGGCCAACAUGUUGAAACCCUGUCUUUACAAAAAAUACAAAAAUUAGCUGUGUGUGGUGGCACAUGCCUGUAAUCCCAGUUACUUGGGUGAGGCACGAGAAUUGCUUGAACCCAGGAGGUGGAGGUUGCAGUGAGCCAGAUAGCACCACUGCACUCCAGCCUGGAUGACAGAGUAAGACCUAUCUUAGGAAAAAAAAAAAACAAAAUACUGUAAAUGUAUCAUGUUUCUUACUGCUUUCUGUGUUAAUGCUAUGUAAAUACUUAAAAUGCAAUACUGUACAAAUAUUGUUUAUAUUUUCUCAGUUGAAAAUAUAUACUAAAAGAUUUGGUGUUUCUGUUUUCUGUUUGAUUAAUGUAUAUCUCAUGCAUUUAGGAAUAUAGCAUUAUUGGGGCAGAGGUCCCAGCCGUUGCCAAAGUUGAAUCUUUCACAUUUCCCUGAAUCUUGAGGAUGACUGAAAAGAAAGUCUUUGAAACUACUGUGUCUGAAGGAUCACAGUACAGGAAUGCCUUUAUAAAAGCUGCAGAGAUAGAUACAUUACUGGCAUGGAUUUUUAAAACCACUCACUCAGAAGCAUAUGUAAGAAAUUCAACCAUCAUUCAACACAGAAGUUAAUUUUAGUGUAAAUGUUUUUAAGUAUUAAAUUUCACAAUAAAGGAUUUAUUGGCUUACUUGCUGAUAAAACACAGAAAACAUUUAAAAUCAUUCUUAAUUAAUUUUGUAUGAUAUUUUUAUUUUGGUUAGAUGCAUAAAAAUUAGUUCAGAUUUUCA